AUACAUUUCUUCACUGCUCAGCGAAGCGACACAGCCGCCGCCGUUUCCUCGUCUCCCAUCUUCAUCUUCCUCGCAGCGCCGGGACUCCAUCUUCCGCUUCCUCCCUUACUCGCGCUCGGCACGCAGGCGACGGGAGCGGCGCUCAGGCUCGGGCUCUCAGCGGCGACUUCAGCGGCUUCCCCUCCCGCAUCGCGCCCUCGCCUCCGGUCCUCCGCACAUCGGCCGGUGAUCCUGCUUUAAGAUGUCAGAAGCACUCGAGAAAGAUAAAGAAAUUGAUGAAGAGGAAGAGGAGUAUGUAUUGCUAGAGUUGGACAAUUGUCUUUAUUCAGACAUGUCGCCAGGUGCUCCGUUCGUACUCUCCGGUUUGGAUACAUUGACGCCUACCUUGAUAAUAGGUGACAGUCUUAAGAUGAUCGGAGAAUAUGAAGAAACUAUUGGCACCUGCUAUCUAUUCUCUGAAACUGAAGCUGAACCGAAACCUACAAGUAAUGAGAUGGCACCUUCUGAAGAAAACACAGACAAACAAGUUAGCAGCAGUAAGGAAGCGCCGUCGAAGGAGGUGAACCAUCUCGCCAGCGUUCAAAAGAUCCUCAAAUUUCGGCCAAUCAAUGCGGAGCAUUCGCAGCAUCGAGCAUAUCAGCACAAGGACAAGGAAUUCUAGAAAAAAAUUGUAGCUGGCUAUCUGCCGUUAUCUUCUUCAUUGGCCAUCCAAACGAGGUGGUUUGUACACUUUGCUUUGUUCUAUACAUAAUCUGAUCUAUUGUAUCGAUC